UUGUGAUCACUUUGUGGUUAAAAUACUACUUAUGUGACGUUGUGAUCACUUUGUGGUUAAAAUACUACUUAUGUGACGUUGUGAUCACUGUGUGGUUAAAAUACGUUUAAAGAAACGUUGUGAUCACUGUGUUGUUAAAAUACGUUCAAUGUAACGUUGUGAUCAUUUUACUGUUAUUGUAACCUGACCAAUAAGAAAGCAGUCCGACAAUUCUGGAGACAAUUGUAAAUGAAAGCCAACAUGAAAGAAGAGACCAGGUUUGCGCAGUCAGAUGGUUUGACGUCAAGUAUAGUGUUCUUAGUCGAGAACCGGAAACUGUACGCCUCUAAGGAGGUGCUGGCUCUGUGCUCACCCGUGUUCAGGAACAUGUUCGAGUCCGAUUUCCGGGAGCGACUAGCCGACUGUAUACCUCUUCCAGGAAAAUGCUACAAAGAAUUAGUAGAAUUUCUUCUAUGUCUCUACCCCGACACACAGAAACCGCUGUCUGAUGAAACAGUUUUUCCUAUAUUUAGUCUGGCGGAUGAAUAUCAGGUAGACAUAUUACUCCAUAAAUGCGAGGACUAUUUGUUGUCAAAGUGCAAUGACAAAAAUACCCCCAUGACCGCGUUGGUCAAUAUAUUAAUAUGUGCGGAACAAUACAAUCUGAAGAAACUGUUCAACGCAGCGUUUGAUAGAGUUUCUAAAAUUCAUCCAGAUGAUGUGAAAUCUGUACCGGAGUAUGUAAAACUUCACGAAGACACGAGGAAAACCUUUAAAAAGCUAAGAGAACAAGCACUAGACGUAAAUCUAACAGACGGCAACGUUCAUGACGUAUUGCGUAUUGCCGUAGAUUACAACGAGAAAGACCUCAUUAAUAAAUGUGAGAAUCACAUGAUUCAAAGAUGUAAGAAAACGGAAAAACCUCUCAUUCAUGGACUUGUCAGUAUGCUCAGUGCCGCUGACAAACAUAAACUGACAAAAUUGAAAGAGGAAGUUCUAGAACUGGCAAUAAAAAGGAAAUCACAUGAACUCGAGGCGUCGCCCAUAUUUAAAAAUUUGGCACCGGAAACGAGUCGCAAGGUUUUAUCGAAGAGAUUGAAAGUGUUUGAAGGGUUAUAUUCAAAGUUGUGUAAAGUGCGGUGUCAUUGUUGUAGAAAACACGCUGAUUAUAAUUGUAAAAUAUGUUUUAUUUCAACGACUAAAGAGUGUUUUGAUUCCCUUGGAAUGUGCUUUUGAUAAAUCAUCAUUUUAACUUUUAAUAGGGAGUUGUGUGGCAGGGAAGGGAAGAUUGGGCGAGGUUCUUGGAGAAAACUCAUCCCAAUCACGAGCAAUUUCAUGUUUAAUGUGCUUUAGCUAAUAUUUUUUAAACAUGUACUUUUAAAAAGAACGGAGGCUUCUUGUUAAGUGCAUUAUUAUGCUGAUCAUUGAAAAUCAAAAUUAUUCAUUAAAAUUAAUAAAGAA